ACACCUGCUAACCAGGGAAAGGCAGGGGAGGGGACUGGUUCAAGCGGAAAGUACGGCAGACUCCCCUCGGGACCUUGGUGGAGUAGGUGGAGUGUGAGGCCAUCCCACAGGUGAGCUCACCUGCCAGUCUAGCUGAGGGGCAGGGCCUGUGGGCCCUGCUGGGCAGAGGAGGGUGAGAAGAAGAAGAACUGCAGGGACCUCAGGUUGGGCCAGGCCAGAGGCUACUGUAGCUGUAACCAGUCAGCCCAGACCUGCCUGGUGCCUGCCGGUGCCAGGCUGGGUUUGGGGCAGAGAGAAAGCAAGAUCAUGGCGAAGAUGUGGGCUGUGCUGUGCACACUCUGUGCAGUCCGGGUGACUGUGGAUGCCAUCUUCGUGGAAACCACAGAGGACGUUAUUCGGGCUGCCCGGGGGAGCAGUGUCACCCUGCCAUGCACCUACCACACCUCUGCCGCGGAUCGAAACGGACUUAUCCAAUGGGACAAGCUUCUCAGGAGUCACUCGGAAAGGGUGGUCAUCUGGAAUUUCGUGAGCAAAGCCUACACCUAUGGGGACCUCUAUGAGAACCGAGUCAACAUCUCGAAAAAUGCCGAGCAGUCGGACGCCUCAAUCACCAUCGAUCAGCUGACCAUGGACGACAACGGCACCUACGAGUGCUCCGUCUCGCUGCUGUCAGACCUGGACGGCACGUCCAAGUCGCGCGCCCGCCUCUUGGUCCUCGUGCCUCCCUCCGUGCCAGAUUGUAGCAUCCAGGGAGAAACCAUAAUUGGGAACGAUAUCCAGCUCACCUGCCAAUCAAAGGAAGGCUCCCCGGCCCCUCAGUACAGCUGGAAGAGGUACAACAUCCUGAACCAGGAGCAGUCACUGACUCAACCAGCCUCGGGCCAGCCCCUCCACCUGAAGAACAUCUCCACGGACACGUCCGGCUACUACGUCUGCACCUCCACCAACGACGUGGGCACGCAGUCCUGCAACAUCACGGUGGCCGUCAGACUUCCCUCCAUGAACGUGGCGCUGUAUGCGGGCAUAGCGGGGGGCGUGGCCGCGGCCUUCAUCAUCAUCGGCGUCAUCAUCUACUGCUGCUGCUGCCGAGGGAAGGACGAGGCUGAGGACAAGGAGGACGCGAGGCCGAACCGGGCAGACUACCGGGAGCCGCCGGAGCAGCUGAGAGAGCUUUCCAGAGGGAGGGAAGAGGAGGAGGAGGACAGCUACAGGCACGAAGACCCGAGGAGCUCCGGGCGAGAAUCCCCUGAGACCUCUGGGCGGUGACGGGGCCUGCUUCGGGGUGGCGUGGAAGAAGGUCAGGGGUUCGUUCUCCUGCUUCCUGGCCCCCCUCUCCUCUUCAGGCCCCAUUCUCCUGACCCUGCAUCCUACACCCUGAUGGGAUGCUUCUUCCCUGUGUCUGCUGCUGGGGCACUUGGCCGGCCUGGCAAGGGGGACCCUCCUGUGACUGACCCUGCCACCAACCCCGUCCUGUGAAGUGUGACACCUCCCCACUGCCACACCUAGUUCAGGGCCUGGCCCUCACCCUGGACCGGGCCGCAGCCUCCACUUCCCGAGUAGCUGGUGGGAGCCCUUGGAAGCUCAGCACCGCUCGGGGGGCUGCCCGGAGCGCCCCCGGGGGGCAGUGCCAGCCCGGCAGGCCUGCCCUGCUCGCCUGUGUGCCCAGCACCUACGGGAGCACCUGGCAGGGCGGUCGCACUCCAUGCAUUUGUGUUGAAUGACUGAAAGAAUAAAUGAGUAUGUGAAAGAUUCUCUAUUAUUUAUCCAACUUAGUGCAGACUCCUUGUUAGGGCCCCGCACCGGCCUGGCCUCCAGCCUCCAGCUCCCUUUCCCGCCCCCCUUUCCCGCAAGUGCCCAUACAUGCCAGGCCCUCCCGGCAGAGGCCACCUGCCACUCCCGCUGCACAUGCCCUCGUGGGACUUCUGCCCACUCACUUUCCAUCCCUGCCUGUCAAAACCCAUCUCAGAUCACAGUGAUUUCUGUGACCCUACCCUGAUCGCCUGCACACGUGGAAACAGUCCCGCUGCUCUGCCCGCACUCCAUCUGCCCGCACUCCAUCUGCCCGCACUCCAUCACGGGUCACAUGGUGUGACAUGGAUCGCCCACCGGAGCGAACGUGUCACUGUGUUGGAGUGUGAGCUCUUUGGGGCGGGCAUGGGCCUCACCGCUCCUGCCUCCCCCGGAGCCCCGGCAGCUGGGGCUGGGCCUUACCCUGUCCCACCGAGCACGUGAGCAAGGGGCCGUCCCCUCUCUGGUCUCCCUGAGAUCACUGUAGACACAAAGAUGACUCCCACCUAAGCUACUGUAGUGAGUUAUUAAUAAAAACGAGUUGAUUUAAAAUGACGCAGGAGUGUGCUUGCAGAUGGCCCAGGGUCUCAUGCCCCGGAGAUUCGUCUCAAGGCCAGAAUAUUAACAACUGGCAUCUCUCCCUCCCCAGCCCUCGCUGAGUUCCUGGUUCCUGAUUCCUACCCCGGCCCCUCCCAGCCCUCUCGGGCCGGGUUUGUGGCUGGGCUGUCUGGCUGCCCAAGCCAGAAGCCAUUUCUUCUGCUCCUGAGAGCUCAGGCAGUGUGAGGGCUGCUUGGGUCUCUAGGCCCGGUGGCUGGUCUCACCCCAGUGCAGUUUACUAUUAAAUAAAUAUUGUUGUCUUUCCUGAGUAAUCAAUCAGAAGAACUAUUCCAAAAGUCUAUUGUCCACUUGUGAUUUUUUUGAAGUGUAUUUUU